AUGACUGGUGCAGAUAUUGCUGUUGCCGCGGUUGCAAAACUUAUCGAGUACACAGCCCGGCCCAUUGUUCGUCCGUUUGAUUAUAUACGUCAUUAUGAUACCAACAUUAAUAGUCUAAGAACUCAAAUUGUGUAUCUAGAAAGUAUUCUGUCUGAUGUCCAACAGCAAGUAAAUUUAGCUCAUAGGAAUGGAGAGAUUGUUCUCCCAGUUGUACAAAACUGGCUAGCUAAAGCUGAUGGUUUAUCUACUGAAUCACAUAAUUUUCUGAGUAAUGAAGUUGAUCGAUAUCGUAGGUGCUUUAGUGGGACUUGCAUUAACUUGAAGUUGGUUUUCAAAAUUAGUAGAGAAGCUAAGAAGAAAACAAUGGCAGUUGAUGAGCUUGUUAAGACUGGAAAGUUUGAUCGUAUUUCUAAUCCUGCCGGUCUACCUUCCAUAUGGACUAGUGGUGGUAUUACUGUUAAUACAUCCGUGGGAGAUUUGGAUGGAUUUGAGUCAAGAAAAGUGCAAUUAAGAUUGAUGAUGGAGGCAUUGGAAGAUGAAAGCGUUAACAUAAUUGGUGUGUAUGGUAUGGGUGGUAUAGGGAAGACGACUUUUGUGGAAGAAGUUGCUAGACAAGCCGAAACUCUCCAACUCUUUGAUGAGAUGGUCAUGUUGGUGGUUUCUCACAAGCCUAAUCUGAGAAAACUUCAAAGUGAUCUUGCAGAGAUGUUGGAAUUAAAUUUAAAGGAGGAGAGCGAGCUUUUGAGAACUGCAAGGUUACGUGAAAGGUUGAAUAAAGUGACGAGGAUCUUGAUUGUGAUGGACGAUGUAUGGACACCUCUUGAUUUGAGGGCAAUUGGCAUCCCACAAGAUAAUUUACAUAAAGGGUUCAAGAUUAUUUUGACAUCAAGAAGUCUAGAUGUGUGUCAUGAUAUGAACACUCAAAGAUACUUCCACAUGGAUGUUUUGUCACAAGAGGAAUCUUGGAAUUUGUUUAGGAAAAUGGCAGGUGAUGCAGUUGACUCGUCAGAGAUUAAUCCUAUUGCUAUUGAGGUUGCUAAGAGAUGCUCAGGAUUGCCUCUUGCAAUCGUGACAGUUGCUCGAGCUUUAAGACAUAGAAGAGAACAUGCUUGGCGUGAUGCACUUCGUCAGCUGAGUUCUACAACGAAUAAUGUCAAAGGUAUGUAUGCAAACGUCUUUGCAUCACUAGAGCUAAGCUUCAACUUUCUUAAAGAUGAAGAAGCAAAGUCUUGCUUUUUGCUUUGUAGCUUGUUCAAAGAAGACCUUGAUAUCCCAGUGGAGUAUUUGGUAAGAUACGGAACAGGGUUAAGGAUCUUUCAAGAUGUUCAUACAUUAGAAGAAACAAGAGACAGAGUGCAUACAAUCAUUGAGAAUCUUAAAGCUUGUUGUCUAUUAUUGGAUAGUGACAUGGAAGAUCGUUUUCGGAUGCAUGAUGUUACUCGGGACUUUCUCCUUUCAGUAGCUUCCAAGGGUCUUUAUAUAUUUUUGGAGAAGUUGUUGCCUGGACAUAUGGAUUCACCUCAUUUAAACAAUCUAAGUAAUACUUAUGCAAUCUCAGUGGUACUGAAUGAUCUUGAAGAAUAUCCCAUUGGCAUAGACUGUCCCACUCUUCAGUUGUGGCGGUUAGAAGGUUCUAUGGGACUAGUGGAAUUUUCGGGUGACAAAAAUUUCUUUGAUGGGAUGAAAAAGCUUAAGGUUGUGCUCAUGCAUCAUGUUUCAGUUCCAUCAAUACCAUUGGCGUUUCUGAGUUUAAGAAAACUUUUAACGUUGUGUCUCGAAUAUUGCAAGUUGGGAGAUUUGUCACUAAUCAAAGAGCUGAAACACCUAGAAGUUCUUAGCUUUAUGAACUCAGAUCUCAAAAACUUACCAAAGGAAAUUGGAGAACUCUCGCGCUUAAAGCUUCUAGAUUUGACAGAUUGUAAGAAUUUGACAGUAAUCCCAUUUGGUGUGUUUUCCAAUUUGUCUAACUUGGAGUGCUUGUAUAUGAUGAAUAGCUUUGUCCAAUGGGGAUUUGAUGGUCAAAGUAUAAGUCAAGAUCAAGCAACUCUUGGUGAAUUAAAGAACUUAUCUCGCUUGAGCACGUUAGAGAUGCAUGUCCCAGAUGUCAAUCUAUUCCCCAAAGAUCUGGUAUUUGAAAAUUUGGUUAGAUUCAAAGUAUUUUUAGGGAUGGAUGUUAGUCAGGUGAUAAGUUACUCAUACCCAAAAACUUUGAGACUCACUCUCCGUCAAGGACUUACUUUACAUGGCGGGAUUUAUAAGUUGUUGAAAGGAGCUCAACAUUUAAUCUUGGACUACUCAAUUGUGAAUGACUUGGACGACCUGCAUAGUAUUGUCUACGAGUUGAGGAAAGGCUUCAGGAAUUUGAGGUGUUUAGAGGUCUACGGUUAUACAGGAGUAGAUUCUUUGGUUGACACGAACAUAUUUCCUGUCUUGGAGAACUUAAAGGUUGUUUCUGCUGCUGAUCUUAAAGUGAUAUGUCAUGAUCAUCUCCCAGAUCAAUCUUUUUGUGAAUUACGUGAAUUAAUGUUAAGUAUCUUACCAGAAUUAACUUGUUUGUGGAUGGAUCCUAUGGGAAAUGUACGUUUGCGUAAUCUAAGGACUCUAUAUGUGUCUGCUUGUCAUAAACUCAAUGACCUUCUUUCACAAUCCACGGCAAAAGAUCUGUCAGAACUCCAAAAACUAUACGUCUCCUCCUGUGAAAAUCUCAAAGUAAUAUUAUUUAAAGAUAAGGAGGUUUCAUCCAAUCGAAUUGUCCUAUCAAAGCUAAAGUCAAUAAAGCUCGAGUUUUUACCAAAUCUCUGGUGUUUCUUCCCUGAAGCAGCUUCAAAUGGCAGUCUUGAAGUACAAGAACCCCUUUUCAGUUCAAAGGUUGACUUUCCAUCCCUGGAAGAGUUGACUCUUCGUGAACUGUAUUCCAUUAAGGAGAUUUGGCCUCGCCAACUUUCUGCUGCUAAUUUUCGCAGCCUGAGGAUCCUAAUUGUCUUUGGCUGUGACAAAGUAAAGCUUGUGUUUCCUUCAUAUAUGCAACAAAUGUUGCAAAAUCUAGAAAUACUCUCCAUCGAAUGGUGUGAUUCUGUAGUAGAGGUGUGUGAACGUAACAGGAUUGAAAUUCAAAAUGAAAAUGAUGUGAAGUUAACAACUUUACCAUGCAUCAGAGACCUUAACUUGGGAAAGCUACCAUUACUGAAGCAGUUAUGGUGGAAUAUUGACCCUCAUACAAGCUUACAGAACUUGAAUUCUCUGCAUAUAUAUGAAUGUGAUGGUUUGACCCAUCUUUUCUUCGCUUCUGCAAUGAAGAGUCUUGUUCAACUUCAGGAACUGAAGGUACGUUCGUGUAAAAUACUGAAAACAAUUUUUCACAGUGAAGAAGAUAAGAUUGUUGUGCUGUCUCAGUUAUGUUCUGUUAACCUUAACGAUCUACCAGAACUGUCAUGUAUUUCCCAAGGGAAUACUAGUUUAAGCUUUCCAUCAUUGGAUGUGAUUGAAAUCAAAAGUUGUCCCAAAAUGAAAGCUUUUGUUGCUGCUGAUAUGCAUCAGGAGAAUAACCUCUUCAAUGAAAAGGUUGCAUUGCCUAAUUUGCAAGCAUUGUACUUGGAUGGACUGAAUAACUUAACUGGCAUAUGGCACACCGAACAUCUAGAGAAAAGCUUUAGUAAGCUUCAUGUCCUGGAAGUCAUCAACUGUGAUCAGUUAAGAUUGCGAAGUAAUUUAUAUAACAAAUAGUGCUUCACUUGAACAACUCUUUACCCUCAAACACCUGCAAAUUCACCACAAUCUUGCUUCCAUUUAUCUAAUCAAGGUUGUUGAUUAGCUUUAGAUAAUCUGCCAAAUUUGAGACAAAUAUGGUGGAAUAAAACUCUAAACAUGACUCAUAGGUUUCCAGGACUUGCUUGUAUUGAAGUCACAAGUUGUGACCUCCUUGAUUGCAUCUUUCCGGUAUCAGUAGCCAGAGGUUUACUGUGCCUCUACAAACUUAAAGUUGAUACUUGUAUGUCGGUAAUAUCACUUGUUGAAAUGAAUGGAAAUCAGGACUGGCUGACAUAAUUCUCCCUCUGAUAUGUAGCAUUGAGCUUGAUAACCUUCCAAGUUUGGUAAGUUUUUGUACCUGUAUGCCUGAGUUAUAUUGUGGCUCUGCUUGAAAGAAUUUGCGAGUCGUGUAUAGUUCUAAACUGGACUCGUUCAUCUCAACUUCAAGCUUGAAUAGUGAAGGGUCAGAAGGGUUUGUAGCAGAAAACUUUCCAAACUCCAUUAAAGCAUUUUUCGUAGGAAAGAACAGGUUCUUUUCCCGAGCUUGGAGAAAUUGCAGAUUGACAACCUUGAGGGCAUGAAUGUCUUAUGGCAUGCAGAUACUGUGCCCGAAUCUUUCAGUCAACUGCGAAUCUUAGAAGUGAGAAACUGCAACAGCUUGGUGAAACUCGUACCCUUGGGUUUACUCCCAGGCUGCAGAAUAUAGAAGAGUUAUCUGUUAAUCAAUGUUGGUUGCUUGCAAAAAAACCAUAAUUCCUAUUAAAUAUUCCAAAACCUGCAAGUAUGUUUUAUGGAAAGCGCGGUUUUGAAUGGCCAAUCUUGGAAACAUUGGUGCUAUGGGACUGCCCGGCCAUGCUAAACUAAAUGCAGAUGAACUGAUGAAGUAGGCUACGGUUUACAGGCAUGGAAUGGUGACAUAUAGAGCAACAUCCAACUUUCAUCCCAAAGUUAAUUAAGGUUGGGGUAGUUGAGGAAGUUUAGUUGUACCCAACAUUUGUUUCUUAAAUUUGUUGUCCUGUUGGUUUUGUUCUUUUUAAAGUAGUAUAUAUAUUCGGGCCAAUUGCAUUACUAACGUAUGGAAACAAUGUGGCCAUAAACAUGCAAAUUGGAUAGCAAGGUGUGUCCAUGAUGUCCUUUAGAAGGGUGAAAAUUUGUUAUAAUUAAGGGCAUUGAUCUUGAGACUUGAAAGUUUCCCAGUUAGUUAUACAACCAAAAA